UUUGGCAUAUGUCAGUUUCGCAGUUGUCGUGUGAUUUACUCCUCUGAUAGUUUCAUGGUUCUCUUUUCGUCAAAUCACACCAAUCGCCAUGGAGGAAUUUAAAUUUGACUUUAUUGAAAGCCUGCAUGGUCAAUACCUGGAUUUCAUUUGUGAUCAGAUUUUUGCCUAUUUGGAUUACGAUUCUUUGAUGAAUUCAAAAAUGGUCUCAGUUUUUGGAAAAAGAUCAUCUCCAAAGGGGCCUUCUGGAAGGUGAUGUUGGAAAGAAAGAAAAAAGUGUUGCCCUAUUGGAAAAAAGUGUUUGAUGCAGUAAAAGUAUUUAAAGAUCAAGAGCUGCUGAGUCGUGGAAAUGCUGAUGCUUCUCAACGUCAUUGUGAGUACUACCACACAAUGUAUUGUCUGGUGGAAGAUGAAAUUCAAAAGAGUGUGGAUUCAAACUGGAGAGCUGGAGGAAAACAUCAGCGUGUCAAAUACAAAAGCUUUGGAAAUCCCUGUAUCUUGGUUCAUCGCUAUGAAUGUGAAGUGGAUUCACAAUGGAUCGUUCAAAUACAGCAGCAAUGUCGUAUACUUGUUCGUAAUCGCUGGACCCUCAAACUGGAAAAGGUUCUUGAAAUUCCGUUAACUGAAAUCAACAUGAAUGGAAGGGAUCGUGAUUUUGAACUGACUCGUGUGAAGAUUAAUUCGAAUUUCAUCACAGCAUCCUUUUCUGUCCACCCAGAAAUUUGCGUUUGGGAUGCAAAAUCACAUGAACUGUUGAGAGUCUUGAAACCUGUUCCGGAGCAAGGAAACGGACGGAGGUCGGUCUAUGUGAAAGGCCAUUGCCUAUGGAAUGAUUUGCUACUGUCGUGUUACCAAAGGGUUUCGGAUGAAUCAGAAUGCAUUGUGACACUGCGCAGAAUUCCCCUGAAUGGGGACGGAGACGUCACUUUACUUUAUUACCAGAAAGUUCUACCAAGUCCCAGAUUUUUUCUGGAAGUUGCAAUGGAUGACGAUUAUAUCGUGUUAUUUUUCUCCAGAGAUGAGCAACGAUUGUACAUGCCCAGUAUGGCAGAAACUUUCGAGAUAGAAAUUCGAAGCGCAGUUUCCUAUGAUGUCGUCCAUAAAAUUUCGAUUCCAACGUCUUCACCAUUCGAAGACUACCAAUUCCAUUAUCUAAAUGGAUUUAUUGUUAUGGGCCAAACGGAAGACAAUUUUUUUAGCAUCUGGAGGGCUGCUGUUGGUCGUUGUGUCAAAACCAUUUGCCAUGGCGACCAAGGAUUAUGUGCAAUCAGAAUCAUUUCGGAAAAAUUCAUCGUCACUUGUGAUGACGACGGUGUAUUGAAGAUCUGGGAUUUCCAAGCAGCUCUCAUUCACCCGGAGCCAUCCAGCUCUAAUUUCCUGAUCAGGAAAAUCUCCCACCUGAAUGCUGUCUCCCGUUCGGCUUCGGCUAAACCAUCUGCAGUAUCCUCGAAGGUGAAGAGGAUCGAUGCCCGCAAGAAAACGCCGCGCGUUCCGCCAAUUGAAUAUGUGGGAACUACCUGCAUGGUGGCCGACGAAUUGCAAAUGAUCCUUGUUUUCCAUUCGGACGAUGGUUCUUCCUAUUUGCACGUUGAAACCUUCUUGAACGCAGCCCAAUGAGAAAGCCAGUCGUGUAAGUCUUCCACCCUGCCUGCUUUAAAGUCUUAACCAUGCUGUGUUGCCUUGUUGAUUGCGUUUAAACGCGCGUUUAAAAGUGACGUCAAGUUUCUC